CUCAGGAAUACGCUAGCUUGAAAGCUUCCAGCUAAAAAACUCCAAGCUACUCUAAGUAUACAGUCAUCUCGAAGAGCUUCUUCGAUGGCACAAAUGGCAAAGAAAGACAUGAACACCGUGUCCAGAAGAGUGGCUUCUGUGGCCCAACACUUCAUUCCGGUUCAUUUGCCUUCCAAUGAAUCCGGUUCCCUCGGGUUAUCUAACACCUCCAAUAUAAACGACAGCUACCAUCGGGUACACGGUGAAGUUCCAACUCACCCGGCUGUGUGGAGAUCGGUUGCUCGCGAUGACUCCGGCAAGGAGUUUCAGUUCACCGAUAUUAUCUACGAGAAAGCCGAGGGCGAGGGGAUCGCAAAGAUUACGAUCAAUAGGCCAGAGAGACGUAAUGCGUUCAGGCCACAGACAAUAAAGGAGUUGAUUGUGGCGUUUAAUGAUGCUAGGGAUGAUAAUACUAUCGGAGCUAUCAUUUUUACCGGCAAGGGAACCCAGGCAUUUUGUAGUGGGGGUGACCAGGCUGUGAGGAAGGCAGAUGGUUAUGCUGAUUACGACAAAUUUGGUCGUCUUAAUGUUUUAGAUUUGCAGGUGCAGAUCCGUCGUCUUCCUAAGCCAGUGAUUGCAAUGGUUGCAGGCUAUGCUAUUGGAGGAGGGCAUAUACUACACAUGGUCUGCGAUAUAACCAUUGCAGCGGAUAAUGCUAUUUUUGGCCAAACUGGUCCUAAGGUUGGAAGCUUUGAUGCUGGUUAUGGAAGUUCCAUCAUGGCCACUUUGGUAAGACACAAUACAUUGAGGGUGAAGAUGCCUUUUGUCUUGUAUGAGACUGGUAUCACAUUACUCUUUCAUUAUUUCAUUGUCACGUCUAAGGUCUACUUGAUAUGUUGUGGGAUCCGAAUUUUGAAAUCAAAUGUUGUUGAACAGAUUGGCCCUAAAAGAGCACGUGAAAUGUGGUUUUUGGCAAGGUUCUACACAGCUCCUGAAGCAGAGAAAAUGGGACUCGUUAACACUAUUGUGCCGCUAGAGAGUUUAGAGCAAGAAACAGUUAAAUGGUGCCGGGAGAUCGUACGAAACAGCCCAAUGUCAAUUCGGGUGCUGAAAUCAGCUCUUAAUGCAGUUGAUGAUGGCCAUGCUGGGCUUCAGCAACUUGCUGGAGAUGCUACACUCCUAUUUUAUGGCUCCGAAGAAGGUAUUGCAGGGAAGACAGCAUAUCUGGAACACAAACGCCCCGAUUUCUCAAAAUUUCCAUGGAGGCCUUGAUUUUGUGCAACUCCUUUUCAUGGCUCUACCAGCAUCAUUUGUAGAUCACUCGGUCGAUCGCUAGGUGCUGAUAUGACCUAAUUCUUUCCUUGCAAUGGAGGGAGGGAAUUUCAGAUUAUUGCAUGCCCACUAGUCUUGUCUGCGUUUGAUUUCUUAGUCAUUGCUGAUUUUGUUUUUGUCAUUUAGAUAAGUACUUGUUUAGGAGACGAACCUCCAUUCCAAUAAAAAGAUCGAGACUAUGGCAAUUUAUUUUUUACAA